UCUCUUCUUUUAAGUUUCAUCAUUCAUAAAGUAAUAAGCCAUCAUACAAAAAAACUAAAACAUUCUUUCUUCCAGAUAGAUCAGCAGCUGCAAACAAAGGCGGUGAAUUCUCUCUCUCUCUCUCUGUCUGAUCUCUCUGAUUUCAUGGAUGGUACUGCUCAAUGGGCAAAGGAAGAAGAUCAGCUGGUGAAGGCCAUGGAAGGGGAAGCUUCAAACACAAGACCCUUGACCGAGAGAAGGACAAGGCCUCACGAGCACUUGAAUUGUCCAAGGUGCAACUCAACCAACACCAAAUUCUGUUACUACAACAACUACAGCCUCACCCAACCAAGAUACUUCUGCAAGACGUGUAGAAGGUAUUGGACAGAAGGUGGGUCUCUCAGGAACGUUCCUGUUGGUGGAGGUUCAAGAAAAAACAAGAAAUAUACACCUGCAGCUUCUACCUCUCAUUCAAAGAUUCCUGAUCUUAAUCCACAAAGUCUCUCGCAGAUUUCUUCUCAAAACCUUAUCAAUGGUGCCAAGAAAGGCCACGAUCUUAAUCUGACUUUCCAAACUUAUGAAAGAUAUCAUGGUGAAACCCAAUACGUUGAAGUCAUGCCCAAAAUUGAAAGCGACAUUAAUAGGAAUCAGCAAAUUGCUGGUUCUGCAUCCUCUAGUACUCCUCUUUCAGCUUUGGAGUUGCUAAGGACUGGAAUUGCUUCGAGGGGUUCGAAUACUUUUAUCCCACCACCAAUGAUCGAUUCAAGCACACUUUACUCACCCGGUUUCCCUUUCCAAGAAUUCAAACCUACCCGGACUUUUUCUGUUGAUGGAGUUGGAAGUAGGCCGUAUGGGGUUCAAGAGAAUAAUGGUGGGAAGCUUUUGUUUCCUUUUGGAGAAUCAAAGCAGAUUUCAACCACGAACGAAGGGGAACAGAAAAAGGGACAAGGGAGUUCAACUGGAUAUUGGAGCUCAAUGUUAAAUGGAGGAUAUUGGUAAAUCAAAUGGAAAUAUAAAGCAAGAAAUUGCUUUUUCCUCUUCCUUCCUUGCACGUAUUUAUCAGUACUUGGUAGUAAUUACUUGUUUAAUGUUUUUCCAUAAUUAACAGAUAGGAGCUAGAUAGGAUACAUAUCGUUCGACUCUGCUUUAAAGAUCUUUGAUUUUCAUCUUGGGAAGGGUUGAAAAGGAUAGAAGAAAAGGUGAAUGUAAGCCUUGGUUUUUUUCCUAUGCAACAUGGCCUGUAUUCAUAUAUUCUUCUGUCAGAAGCCUUAUGGCGCUUUAAAUUUCGAAUGUUUUCAUUAUAAGUUGAUUCC